AUGGUGAGACUGAGAAAACAUUAAUGACCGUCAACAGUUGCGAAUCAGAUGAGAGUUCAAACAAAGUUUUUUCAACGAGCGCGACCUAAAAUAUUUUUGUUAAAGUAUAAACAAACAAAAAUAAACAAGCAGAAAAACCGCGAAGAUAGGGAGGUAAAAAAAAUGAAGCGAGAUAGUCGUCAGAAAGAAGCUCUCGUGUCGCACCGCGAGCCAAUAUUUGAGCAUUGAAACAACAAGGACUAGUUUCACACUUAUUUCAGAGCUGAAGGUGCUCAAGAUUCGGCAGAAUUAACGGGGCACAUUAAAGAUCCUCACCCGAGAAAUCUUCGGAUAGAUACAAAAUUAGUUUUGAAAAAGAAAGGCAAAAGUUCGGGAUUUAGAAGAAGAAGUGUAGGAGGAAUCGAUGUGACUGAUGAGACUCUACAAUAAAGAUGACUGCUCAUUGUAGUUCAGGGUGAAUUUUUGACGUCGCGGAAAGGAGAAGAAAACUGGGCGUGGCUGGUGGCCGACGAGGCCAACACCCAGUGUGGAAUGCGCAGGCAAAAACGCACAAAAGCGGCGACAAGACGAGUUUUGCAGACGACGUCGCCGCGACGUCUUCGGAUGGCGAGACCUCCGUAUGCAAAUUUCGGCUCUCACCUUUUCCAUCAAUCUAUCUUCUUCGGCGGACACCCUACAAAUCACUUCCGAACCCGCCUUGCGCAACGUUUUACGGUUAUCUUGUGAUUAGCACUGCAAAACAGCUUGCUUCGGAAAAACUUCCUUUGUCGUUUCUUGCUUUUCUCUGGCUUUCAAGCUUUCAUUCAAUCUGUCAGUAAUAGCAAGGCUCAUUUCGUCAGUUUCUUCAUCAUAACAAGUCUUCCAUUUCAAAAUUUUCCAUGUUUUCUGAACAGAUCUUAGUCCGAAGCAAGCAUUUGAAGGCAAAAGAAAAAAGAAAAUUCGAAGGAUUUUUCUCGAGAACCUCUCCACUUUAAAAUCUUUGCAUAAUUCGCAACACAAACAACGGCGGGGCGGUGUCGACAAUGACAGUACAACAAGGCAAAUCGAGAGAUGCAAGGACUGCCUGAUUUUAACCCAUUUAGAUGUCUUGAAAAGAAAAAAUGGAGGGCUUGCGGCACCUUCGGAAAGGUGGUAAUUUAGUACAAUCUGGACCGGAUAUGAAACGUCGCUUCGUAUUGUUUGCAAGACGAAAAAAAAAACGAAAGAGGUUUGGUGAUGACAGCGACCAUUGAGAUAGGAAAACGGAGAAAAGAAGACGUUACUUGAAAAAGGAGAAUUGUUGGGCGCGGUGGUGUUUUCUGUACGAUUGUAGUAGAAAACUGAGAGAAAAAUAGGAAGACCAGGAGAAUUUUUAUCAUAAAAAUGUAUGAGGUUCUUCGAUUAGGAUAGGAAAAAAAUACAGGUCAACAAAAAAAAAAUAUCCAAUUAGACUUGGACAAGAAAAAGCGGCAAAAAGGUGGGCGGCGAAGGUGAAGCUCUUGCCUGGGUGCAACAAAAGUGCGCCUGAGCGUGUUGGCUUGCUUGUGUUUGAGAAACAUCCAGGUGGAAUGCGACGAGAAAUGAACAAACAGUCGGAAAGUCGUUGACGGCGGAUGCCGCUUAG